UCAGUCAGUGGGAGGAAGAUGGCGGCGCUCAUUCCCCACAGCCAGCAGCUUUCCACUGGGAAUCCAUUGUAUGAGACUUAUUACAAACAGGUAGAUCCAACAUACACAGGGAGAGUUGGGGCUAGUGAAGCUGCACUGUUCCUUAAAAAAUCAGGUCUUCCAGACAUUAUCCUUGGAAAAAUAUGGGAUCUGGCUGACCCAGAGGGUAAAGGGUUCUUGGAUAAACAGGGUUUCUAUGUUGCAUUGCGACUCGUAGCAUGUGCACAGAAUGGCCAUGAUGUUAACUUGAGCAAUCUAAACUUGACUAUACCACCUCCUAAAUUUCAUGACACUAGCAGUCCCUUAUUGAUCACACCUCCUUCAGCAGAGGCUCACUGGGCCGUUAGGGUGGAAGAAAAAGCAAAGUUUGAUGGUAUUUUUGAAAGCCUUUUGCCAGUAAACGGUUUACUUUCAGGAGACAAAGUAAAACCAGUACUGAUGAACUCAAAGCUACCUCUUGAUAUCCUAGGAAGGGUCUGGGAUCUCAGUGAUAUUGACAAAGAUGGACACCUGGACAAGGAUGAAUUUGCUGUGGCAAUGCAUUUGGUAUAUAGAGCUCUUGAGAAGGAGCCAGUUCCCUCAGUAUUACCUCCCGCACUUAUACCACCUUCCAAAAGAAAGAAGACGCCAGUUUUUCCUGGUGCAGUUCCUGUUCUUCCUGCAAGUCCUCCACCUAAAGAUAGCCUUCGUUCUACCCCAUCCCAUGGCAGUGUAAACAGUCUGAAUAGCACAGGAAGUUUGUCACCCAAACACAGCAUCAAGCAAACACAGCCAUCUGUGAAUUGGGUGGUACCACUGUCUGAUAAGGUGCGAUACGAUGAAAUUUUCUUAAAAACUGAUAUGGACAUGGAUGGCUAUGUGAGCGGACAAGAAGUGAAGGAUAUAUUUAUACACUCAGGGUUGUCUCAGAAUCUUCUAGCACAUAUAUGGGCAUUGGCAGACACAAGACAGAUGGGAAAGCUAAGCAAAGAUCAGUUUGCACUAGCCAUGUAUUUCAUUCAACAGAAGGUCAGUAAAGGGAUUGAUCCUCCACAGGUGUUGUCCCCAGAUAUGAUCCCUCCUGCAGAGAGGAAUACUCCCAUACAAGAUAGUUCAAGUUCUGUUGGAUCAGGAGAAUUUACAGGGGUGAAAGAACUCGAUGAUAUUAGUCAAGAGAUUGCACAUCUGCAGAGGGAAAAGUAUUCACUAGAGCAGGACAUUAGAGAAAAGGAAGAAUCAAUUAGACAGAAAACCAAUGAAGUUCAGGAACUGCAAAAUGAUUUAGACAGAGAAACAAGUAACUUGCAAGAACUGGAAGCUCAGAAACAAGAUGCUCAAGACCGUCUAGAUGAAAUGGACCAGCAGAAAGCCAAACUGAAAGAUAUGCUAAAUGAUGUGAGGCAGAAAUGCCAGGAAGAAACACAGAUGAUUUCAUCAUUGAAAAUGGAGAUUCAGUCUCCAGAAUCCGAUUUAAAAUCAAGGAAGAUGAUCUGAAUAAAGCAACAAGCAGAGCUGAAUCGUCUCCAGCAAGAAGAGACUCAGCUAGAACAGAGUAUCCAAGCAGGAAAAAGUGCAACUUGAAACAAUAAUUAAUCUUUAAAAUCAACACAAGAAGAAAUUAAUCAGGCAAGAAGUAAACUUUCUCAACUUCAAGAGAGUCAACAGGAAAUCAGUAAAAGUAUUGAACAAAAUAAUGACGCUCUGAAUGGGAUUCAUGGUGGUAGUAUGACGAAUUUAGCGGACAUAAGUGAAGGAAUUGCACAGAAAGAAAGAGGAAAUUUUGGAGCUAUGGAUGAUCCCUUCAAGAAUAAAGCUUUAUUGUUUAGUAAUAAUACCCAAGAAUUGCAUACGGACCCAUUCCAGGCUGAAGAUCCAUUCAGAUCUGAUCCUUUUAAAGGAGCAGCCCUUUCAAGGCAGUUAAUGCUGCAGUUUGGACUAAGGGAUGUGAAGAGCAAUGCGCCACUGAAAUGCUGCACGGUAUUUCCCUGUGUGGAUGUCGGGUACAACUUAAAGGUCCAGAAUUUACACUUUCAAGUUCGCUCCCACAGCAUCUACACAGGGGAGUUACAGUACAGCACUUUGAUCCAUUUGGAGGGGGAUCCAUUUAACGAAAGUGAACCAUUUCGUAGUUCUGUCUCUGAGGAUUUUUUUAAGAAACAGGUGAAGAAUGAUCCAUUUACCUCUAUCCAUUCACAAAAAAAAACCCACCUGCCCUCAAAGGUAGCUGACCCCUUUGAAAGUAGCGAUCUCACAUCUUCAGGUAUCUCUUCAAAAGGGCCAGAUCCUUUUGGAACGUUAGACCCAUUUGGAAGUGGUGCCUUCAGUAGCAAUGAGGGUUUUGGAUUUAGCCAGAUGUCAAAGCCCACAGCUUCAGACCCUUUCACCUCCUCUUUUGGAGGGAUGGGAUUCUCGGAUGACCCUUUUAAAAGUAAGCCAGACACUCCAGCUCUCCCACCGAAGAAAAGUGUUCCUCCACGACCCAAGCCACCUAGUGGUAAAAGUACUCCUGUAAGCCAGCUCGGGUCUGCAGAUUUUACCAAGCCCCAUGAUCCAUUCCAGCCAUUUGGGGCUGAGAGCAGUGACCCGUUUCAAAGUAAAAAGGGGUUUGGGGACCCGUUUAGUGGAAAAGAUCCAUUUGCUCCUUCUUCUUCAAGUAAAACUUCUAAAGACUCUUCCUUGGGUUUUGCAGACUUCAGCUCUUUUGGAAAUGAGGAGCAGCAGCUGGCCUGGGCAAAGCGAGAGAGUGAGAAAGCAGAGCAGGAGAGGCUGGCUCGAUUGCGAAGACAAGAACAGGAAGACCUUGAAUUGGCUAUUGCACUCAGUAAGGCUGAUAUGCCAAACUCUUAAAUACAAGUCUUUGGGGUCCACCCAAUGCAAGUCAAAUCCUUUAAAAAAAGGUUUUGUAAAAUUUUUGUUGUUAAGUAAUUGUAGUCACCUUUAAGUCAAAGCAUAACAAGAUUGGCUGGUUAUAUCAAACUGGGCUCUCCAUGGCUUUUCAAGUACAUAAUGCACAGGAAACACACUGUAAAAAUUGUAUUAUACUUUCUAGAUAAAAGUUACUGCUUGUAAGAAAUGUAACGUAUGGCCCUAAGGUACUGAAAGCAAAGUUUCGUUAUAAUGCAGACAGUGUUGCAUACAAUAAGCUGCAAUUUGUGAAUCUGGCUUUUAUUACCUGAAUUCCAUUGUCGUCGUUUUGAGGCUGCAGUAUGAAUAAUAAAAUUAUAGAAAAUGACACUUGGGGAAAAAAAAGUAUGUUUAUAAAAUUAUCACUCAGCUUUCAGUCCUUUUUGUUACAUUUAUUUAAUUACUCAUAGUAGGCCAAUGACCAUAAAGCCACCUAGCUCAAAGACUUUAAGGCAAAUUAUUUCUUAGGUGUUCAUCUUUCAUCAGUGACAUAUGGCUUAUCUUAUGAAAGAAACUCUGAUUAUUUAUAUAUUAGAUGCAUAGCGACACAACUCGUGUAGAGUCAAUCAUAUUUUGAUUUCAAAGCCUAUGAGACUUAAUAGCUUCUUAUUUAAACAUGAUUAUUUGCAUAAAAGUUUUUUAAUAUUUGUACAUGGUGGUAUUAAAAGGAGUGAUCCUAAUAUUGUAAAUUAGACAAAUGAUGACUCAGUUCUAAAUCAUGGGAUAAAAUAUAGAUUAAUUCCAUGAACAAGCAUGAAGACAGGAAUUAUCGUGUUUGAGGCUUUUUCUACAUAAUGUUGAACAAUUUCACACUUUUUAAAUUUUAAUUUUGAACUGCAGUCUUCCCUGAAACCAUAUUUUCCCUUCAUUUGCUCCAACAGGCAGAAUAUAGGGCUAUUAUUUGUAUGAUCCAAUUGACUAUGUUACAAUCUCUACCUCGGAAGUGAUUAAGUGUGUGCUCUCAUUUUUAAAUAUUAUGGUUGAUGAUUAAUCUCACUGCCCAUCAUUAAAAGUUAUACAACUGUUGUAUAGACUAGAAAGUUCUUUAUUUUAAACUAGCCCAAGUUCACACAGAAUUAUUUGCCAGAUAAAUAGAAUAAAUGGAUAUUCAUGCAAAAGUUACAGCAAUAUUUGUAGAACAGAUAGGCUGUUUUUUUAAGCCUAUCUACUGAUAGCACUAAUUAGGCCAGUAUGUCCAGCUUUUUAUAGACUUCCAGAAUUCAGGGGGGAUGUUACAUGUAUUUUAUAGAGGUAAUGCAACAUGUAUUUUACUUGUUACGGAUAUAAAUGAGUACUUAUGGUAUUUUUGCUGUGAAUUAUUCAUUUAUAGAAACUGCCUAUUCUGAUAAAUUACAGGAAUCUCAGCACUUCAUUUGUACUUGCCUUGUGCUUUGGUUUUGUUUGUAAAUGGAAUGGGCAUUUAGGGCCAAAUUUUCAAAAUGUUCUUUGUGAUACCUGUAUUUGCAUCCCCAAUUCUGUACAUGUGCAUUUUGGCUAGUUAACAUUCUGAAUGUCCAAAAGUGUGGCCCUCCGCUUGUAAAACAUUCUCUGUUGGAUAGCAUUGUAUUUCUUAGUCUUCUGUAACGUGUUUACAUUUUUGUGUGUCCUUGUUUUGUUUUGUUUUAUUUUUCCUUUCACAAUGAUGUUAGGGCCUGUUUUUCCUGUCAAACAAUCCUUACGUUCUAAUUGCCUCAUUCUGGAUACUUUCCUCACACAGACAUAAGAAUCCCAGUAGGGAUUAUUUUUUCUGAUGACUAGUUUUCAGACCUAGAAAUGUAAUUAAACAUUGAUUGUCUCAGGACAAUGCUGCAUUUGCAUUGAAAAUCUACUCUAAAUUGAGAACAUCCAUUUUAAGGUCUUCAGACAGAAUAUAUUUGACAAAACUGAAGCCCAUCAUUUCAGAAGACAUUGUACAGAGUUGCUGAUCCCUGAAUGUGUGUGUAACUCCUGUUUAAUGUUAUUACAAAUGCUAGAGACUUUUAAAUUUGUAUUAUGAGGGGGAAGAGACCCCUAAUAUUAACAAAACAUAUAGUUUCUGUGUUAUCCUGUAUUUGAUGAUGUAACAAGCUGCCAUGAACACUGUUGGAAAUAAUCCUGCCAUACUUUCAGUACUUGAUGACCUAUGUGGUCCCUUCCAACCAUAACUGUUUUUCUGUAAAGUAUAUUAUGGAGAGUUUAUAGGCUUGUCUAUAUGGUAGUAUAAUGCACUCUGUGUGAGUGUGAUUUCUAAAUCACACAUGUGUAUGCAUUAUGCAAUUGGUCCACAUUGACCCCUAGUGUGAAUUAACACAGUACUGGUUCAAAAAGCACUAUGUUAAUGAGCAUUAAUGUAGCGCUGUUUGAACCAGUUCUGCACUAGACAGAUCUACAUGGACCAAUUAGUGUGCUACACAUUACAGAGGUGUGAUUUCUAAAGCACAUUAGAGCGCAUUACCUAACUGUGUGGACAAGCCCUAAGUUAUCAAGUCUGAUUUCAAAAGUUUCAGAACACACUCUUUUCCUUUGGUCCACGACACACUGAGCUCAUGAAAGCAAAUUAGAUCUACUUGUAGCUAACAUCAAUAAAAAGCUUUUACCAUUAAAGGGGGUUGAAUGUAGUAUAUACUUACAUGGCAGGGCUGUAGAUGUCAUACUAACUAUAUAGUCAGAUCAAAUCGGAAAUAGCUGUAUGAGACAGUAUGUGCCUUUUCUCAGUCCACCUUUUACUAGUCACAUUGCUUCAGAGAGAUAGUUGCCCCUGUUCUUUGAGCUGUUGUUGCAGUUUUGUUGUUUUAUUUCAUUCUCUUGUAUUUUUCUGUCUUGUGUACAUAUAUAUUUUGCAUUUGUCUUAAUACCUCUCUUACACAUCUAGCUCUUCCAAGUUGAAAAAAUAGGCUUUUGGGAUGCAGGAUGAAAUUUAAAAACCUGUAUCUGUGCAUAUAAAGCUUUUAGAUUUUUUUUGUUUUCAUUUUCAGUAACAGUUCCUACUUUAUAGGAUUUUUCAUUCCUGAUGCAGCUGAAAAAUCUCAUGUGCUGUUUCAAAGCAACUGCAAUAUCUGAGUCCCCUUCCGAAGUGUAGUGUGAACACAGGGGGUUAUGCUUUUGAUUUUACAGCCACAUUAGGCCACUGCUUUUCUCCCUUUACAAUUAAAAGAUUUGACUUUUAUUGCGAAUGCUGCUUUCAUAGUAAUUUCCUCUUUCAUCUCUCCUCCAAUGUAUGGUAUCAAUUGCCCUCACCUCUGACUGCAGGGUCAAGCCACCUUCUCCAAGUUGGCAGUGCCGUUCCAUAACCUAUCAUUAGGAGGUUCACUCUCCUCCCCCGCAGCCCAGGGAGUAAAAGCAUUACUUCUGGAAUACACCAGGCCUGAGGAGUGAAAGUUACAAGAUUGCAUUCAAGCUUGGGUCUUUGUUUGGUAAAGUGUGGGGGCAGGGGGAGUGGCAUAAUUUGUUUCUCUUCUGCUCAAAUUAAAUAGUAUAUUUAAACCAAUUAAACCAAAGGAAUUCUACUGCUGGAUCUCCGCACACAAAUGGGGCAUGUGGAUGAGCUAAAGAGCCUGAUUACUCAGAAAAUUUAUGUGCCAUAGAAAGAAUUUCAGCCACUUUAUCAAAUCUCUGAAAUCUUCUAAUAUAAUUGUGUUACUUCUGUGAUAUGCAGUUAGAUACUACCUCACCAACCUUGUUUCUCUUACUUCUGUGAUAGUUAAUGUUUUUGGGACACAGUAUGAGGUCAGAAAAGUGAAUUUAUCUAAUACAUAUAUUUAGUAUUAUAACAAAUUAUAAACUUCGAUUGUCCCUUCUGGGGUAUAUAGCCUUGUGUGGCCAAAUAUUGAGAAUGAGCCAGUAGCAAAAAGUCAAGCAAAUUAACCAAACAGGAAUCCAAGAAAAUAUGUAGUUAAUCCAUUUACAGUUGCAAACAUGCAAUAACCCUAAACUAUUCUGAGAUGGUUUUAAUUUGGGAAGAGAAGGGAUAAAUUAGAGAAAGCUGAAGUCUAGGAAAUGACCCUCUGAUUUCUUUCUGUAAUAUCUAAGUUUCUCCUUAUAGAAAGCAGUCAUCUUCAUUCUUCUCCCUUGGAAGCAACAUUUUUUAUAGAAAUCACUCCACUUUUUGUCCUAAAGCAAAAAUUUAUCAGAACACAUUCAUCUUUCCUUCUUCCACCAAACACUGAAAUCUUAACCACAAGUAGAUUCACUUCAGUUUGGGCAGAUGGGUGUGCACGCACACAAAAAUAAGGUAUAUCUGUAUGUAAAUACACAAUAAAUUAUAUAACAAAGAUAGUGUGUAUACAUUCACACAAACUAUGUAGUAUAUAUGUGCUCUAUAAAGUGUAUAUGCAGUAAAUAUAUAGUAUAUUACUAUACACUGUAAAAAUGUGUAUAUAUGUCUAUAUACAUAUGUGCAUUUUCUGUACAGAAACGGGAAAUGAGACCUUUGUGGUUAGAAUUUCAAAGUUCUGGCAAAAGAAAAAAGUAAACUUCCAGUCAUUUUGUUCAAUAAUGCUGUUAUUGGCACGACAAGCUGUGUUUGUUGCCAGAUGUCAGAGACACCUGAGGGGUUUGUCUGUCAAAGAUGAGUACAAAUCUGGCAAGGUGGCGUUUGACAAUGUGGUUGGUAUAUUAUCACCUGUGUCCACUUGCACUUGCUGUCCAUUUCCAAUUUGCUGACGUGUGUCUGUGUUGGAAGGCAUCUCAUUCUCUUCUCUCAGCAUUAGACAAAAGUUUGCCUCCUAGUUUUUUGUUGAAUAUUUUAUUUUUGAAUUAAAGAAUCUUUCACAUAUCUUCAUAUUUGGACAUUAGGUAGAAAUGUGGUAGAAGAUGCCUUUUUCCUCAAUCUCUUGUCUGUCAUUUUGGUUGCACAGUCACUCUUCUCUAGGUUCAAACUUUUGUUUGUUUCUCAGUUUCUACCUACAUUUUUGCCUUAGGAGAAGGGACUAUGCAUUGCAUUUUUGUCUUCGAUGAAAGAAUUAAGAUGAUUCUGUUUUCUACAGGGAGAAAUCAUUAGACCACAGUAUGUAAAACAAUCUCAAAGAAGGUGCUAGAUUUCUAUAGUAGUAUGUGUGUAUUUAGUAUAUACAUCUGCAUUUAUGAAGUGCAGACACUACUGGGGUGACUCAUGGCAACCAUUGAUUACCAGACAGCAACACUACACUGCAUUUCAGACUGAAAUGGAAGAAGACUUUUAUCCAAUUGAAACUAGGCUUUUACAAAAUACUCUUGUUGUAGGGACUGCCAACCAUUCUACCAUAGGAACAGAUAAUACUAAGGGAAGUACUGGUACUUCUGUAUUGUUGCAUGAGACUUCAUAUGAUCAGCAAAGUUUUCCUUAUGAAACCUGUGGCCUAAUUAUUUUUAAGUGGGGUAAGUGAUCAGUCUGUAAUGUAUUUUGUUUUAUAUAGUGUGUUCUUAAAUAUAAAGAAAUUCCAAGCUUUAUCUGUUAAAGUAUGGCACUUUUUAUUUUUCUGGUCUAUGUGAAAUCCUAUUGUUAGACACUUCAUAGAAAUCAUCUUGUCAUCACUUCAGCUUUGCUUUUCAGCUUUUCUAGGGUUCUUGUAACCCUUUGGGGUUACCAUUUAUUUUUGAAAUACUUCUCCAUAUUUGUCCUGAAGAUUUAGCACUUACGGAAUUUUGGUCCAAGUGUUAGGAAUCAUCAUUUUCUCCAUGUAUAAGGAUCAUUCCUAUUUUCCAUUUAUCUUUAUUCCUGACUCUCAGAAAAUGCAUUUCUAUUUAAUUCCAAUGUUCCAAAAUAAGUUCUGUCAAACGUGUUUUGUUUUGAUCUGUGCUAAUAGACUGUGUAAUUAUAAAUGCAUUGUCCUGUCCCAGACGCAAUUAAAUUACCAGAUAGUAAUAGUUAAAUCUUUGUGGUCCAGCAUUUACAUCUUUUCUGCAGACCUCCCAUUCACAGUCAAAUCCAUUUACAUUUUCUAAGUAAGGAAAUUUUGUCACAAAUUCUGCUUUGAACAUGACGGAAAUGUUAAGGGUUUUUUAGGAUGAACAAGUUAACUUUUAAUAAUUGUUGACAUUUGUUUUAUCAGUUAUUUUAUGGUUCUUUUUACUUGAAAGAUGUAUAAAUAAAAGGCUGAAUUGUUAUAAAUGCUGCAGUCAUUUAAAAUAGAAUUUUCAUUUUUCCAUUUUCUGCUUUUCCCUUUAAAAUUAAAUAACUUUAAAAGGGAAACUUAAUAUAAAUGGUUCCUUCUGCUGUUAGUAUAAUGACAGUGCUAUGUUCCUUAAUGUCCCUCUUAAUAUGACUUUGUUUAGUCUGAUGGAAGUUACAGGCUAAGAAGGUGAAAACAUAAAGUAGAAACUGCAGCAUUUACCAGAAAUUCACUAGUCUAUCCAAAUAUGUACAUUACUGUAGUUAUAUUUAUCCUUUAAAUAUCAUAUAACAAAUUGGGAAAAGGUGUUUUAAUUUUAAUCUUUGCCAUGUUUAUUGUUUAAUACAAGAAGAGAAAUGUUAUUGUUUAAUAUAAUAAAUGUAAAGUUACUUUU